AUGGCAUCUAGGCAGAGCAAGACCAAGGCAUACAAGGCCGCUCAAGCACCAGAGCUUGAGCACGCCAAAUCAAUUUCACAGUCGUUCGAGAGCUUCCAGCAGUCACAAUUAUCGGCUACUACAAACAUCAAUUAUGUUCACUACCAAUCUGAGGGAGAACCCCAGGAACUGACGCUGAGAUCCCGCGCGGACAUCACUAGAUUGGUAAUCCUUUCAAAUCAGAUAGCCUGGAUGGAUUCCAUCUUAAUGCCGUCUGUUUCACUUGUUCUUCUCACUGACCGCAUUUGCAGCCAGACGUAUCAGCCAACAACAGCAUCGAAUUCUUAUCCUGCCCGUUACAUCUCAGAGAGCUUACCAAUUACCCAUAGCUUCGUAUACAAAGAUCUAGUUGCGAACCCUCUUAUGCCAGCCGAGCAAGAAAAACUGCAAAUAUCAGCGCCAAGCUUCGAGGCGCUGGCCACACGACUGACCCUUCCCUCGGCCUUCAUCUUUGCGCUUUCUCGCCACUACCUCCCCAACGGCAGAGGAUUUCGACAGCUCAAAAUUGACAAUGAUGUCUCCCAAGUGUUCGACUGCUGGUAUUUCAUCCCCGUCCGCGUGCAGAUGGAGCCCCAAGCGGGAAUUGCAGAGGACGAGAGAGGCGCAGGGCAGAUGAACCCAUUCCACAAGCUUCACCUCCCCAACGCUCGACGAAACAUAUUUCGCUCCUGCAUAGGCGUCUUCACGAGAGUAGACCCGAGCUCUAAGAAGGUGACGGUAGUGACGUUCGAUUUCAUGCACGGGCGGUGGUGCAAGGUCGCUCAGGAGCCUCAAACCCGCAUCGCCGAGGUGAUGAAGCACCAGAAGAGCACGGACGAGACGAGCACGAGGCACUGCAACGGCGCAUUCGUCCACCUCGUCUACAUCAGCAGCGCCGUACGGUGGUGGACCAACUCGCUCAACAGUGUGAACGAGCAGCUCAUCGCAUACGAGAUGAAGCUUCAGUCGGAGCUUGAUGCGGCCGGUGUGACGCCAGAAGCCACGCUUACAAAGUUGAGCCGGGCGCUUCAUUCGAUUUCUGCGCAUCUGCAUCGUUACUUGUCGGAGCUCAAGUCUCUACAGGGAAUCGUGACAGAUUUGAUUGAAUUUUACGAUUCUAUGUAUUCCGACAGAGAGGGAGAAGGCGAGGACGAAGGGCUGGAAAAGGCGAACCGGGGCUUCAACCAGGUUCUUUCACAGAUCGAAGCAUCGCUUGACUUUGCUACAGAGCUGGAAAAGAAGACUCAAAAUAUCCUGGAUCUUCUCUUUAACCGCAUCCAGAUCAACAGCGACAGACUGCUUGUUGCCAACGGCAGGGCCAUGGAAGAGAUACUGAGAGCGAUGCGGGCCGAUACAGAUGUUGGUCGCAAAAUGGCUGAUGCAUCACACCAACUUGCUAUCGAGAUGAAGAGAGACAGCAUUGCAAUGAGAACGAUCGCUAUUAUCACAAUGGCAUUCCUGCCUGCAGCUACCUUUGCGACCGUGUUAUCAAUGCCGUUUUUCAGUGACAACCCCUGGCUCAAAGAGACCGACCGCUUUUGGGUUUGGAUUCUCCUAACAGUCCCAGCCACAGGAGGAUGUUUUUUGUUCUACAGGCUAUGGAGAAAGAAAUCACAACGCAAGGUGGCUGACGAGGAAGAAGCAACGAGCGGCGGGACUUAG